AUGUUGAAUGAGAAACUGAUAAUGUUGGAACAAGAUCGAGAUUCAUUAGAGGAGGAUGUUAUUGAAACACCAUCCACACAACUUCAGUUAACUACCAACCACUUAUCCCAAUCAUUUGACUUUGUAGAAGUGGUGCAAAUCCUUAGUGCUAAUGAUCCCAGGCGUGAACUCAACCUAAAAGUUACGAGAGGACUACAUGACAUCAUGCACUACUACAAGGAGAAGAAUGACAUCAUGCACUACUACAAGGAGAAGAUGCAGCAGAAACAGCAAACAACUCUCGACGCAUUCUUUGUCAAAAGAGCUGAGCCUACACCACAUCAAGGUGAUUAUGAAGAUGAUGAUCAUGAAUUAUUGGGUGGCGAAAGUAUAGCUGGAAUAAAUAUGACGCCAACGUCGGUGGCGGCCUCUAGGGAGAAUAUUCAUAGAAUACUUCAGUAUCUUGUAACUAAGCAAGUAAAUAUGCCAGUAACAAAUGUCAAAGAUAUUGUAGAAGGAGAUCUAAAAAGCAUUAUGAAACUAGUGCAUGUUAUUGCUGCUCAUUAUAAACCUGCUAGUAUACAAACGCCCUCAAGUGUACGAAACACACCAUCAACUUCCCAGAGAAGCAGUGAUACAGAGUUCCUAUAUACAUCAACAGAUGGCGAUAAACACGCAACGAAACCUGAAAUCGUUAUUGAUGAAACUCGACAACAAGCAACGUUUCAGAAUGCAGUGCCUAGUAGUGACAGUAAAGAAAAAAAAUCAAAGAUAAUGAACACUGUUGGUUCCAAGGAUCAAGAACAUCGCUGGUUAUGUACAACUAUUCAACAACGUAAAGAGCUGGUUCCAGAAAAACAAAACUACAUAAGUGGCUUUGGUAAAAAUCUCCACCGACAUCUUACAUUACUUGACACCCAAAGACUAGUUAAUGGCGGUGGGGAAGUAGAUGGCGCUAGCUCCAGUGGGAGUCCAACUCCUACUGAAACUUCAUGGCCACAAUCAGCAGGUCAACCGGAUUUGAGCUGUGAAGAUUAUACCGAAAUCUUUCCUUCACAUUUUGGACGCCAUCUAGUGGAUAUUAGACAACUUUCUGAAGACGUACGAAAAUCUAAACACCAGCUGUUAGUGCUACGCGAAGUGGUGAGAGAAAUUAUUGUUUGA